AUGGAUCCGCAAGAACAAAACCCAGAAGUUAGUUUGUCCUGGGAAAUCCUUGAGAGUUUGAUGUCACGACAACAUGCUCAAGUAAACUAUCUGUUUAUGGACGAUCCUGAACCGGUAAAAGGUAACAAUGACAACAAAAAUUUACCAACAGUCUCUAUUAGUCUCAAUAGAAUGAAUGAGAAAUUUUUAAAUGGUACUUAUCGUGGUAUACGUGAAUUUGUUUGUGAUUUCCGUUUGAUGUUAUUAAAUUGUUAUCGUCACAAUGGAAUCUCUUCACGUAUUGGACGUUGUGCUGAGAAAUUAGAAUUGUUGUUGGAACAAAAACUUCAACUUUUAUCUCCUGAAAUUAGAGCUAAAGCAUCGAUACAAUCAACGCUUGGAUUUGGUACAGCUGAAGAUGAGUUACUGGAUUGCGGUGUAACUCGCCGUCGAAGUUCUGGACGUUUAUUCCUUUCUGGUGAUACACGUCAACUAACACCAAUGCGCGCUAUCAUUGAAGAGUUGGAACAUGUUACACAUCCUGGUUCUGGUGGGGGUAUCGCAGCAUCAUUAAUUUCAAAUAGUAUAGAUUCAAAUAAUCCUAUACCAUCCAGCCAACAACAAUCAGCUACUACUAAUAAUAUUACUAAUAAUUUAAGUAUAGAUGAAAAUGUCGGUUUAAUUAUAGCUAGAUUAAGUUUAUGGGAGCGUAGACGACAUGAAGAAGAAUUGUUAGAUUCAUGGAAUGAAUGGUGGAUUCAGAAAAAUGGACCUAAAUUGCAAGAAAUUAUAUACAAUGUACCAGAAUUAUUAGAAGCUUAUCAAUUCUUAUGGCUAGCUGAUCCUUUUUUGGGUAUUAGUGAUUGUUUGACAAUUUAUAAUAAUAAUAACAAUCAUAAUCUCAUUGCCAAUUCAUUGAACAGUACAAAUCAUUCACGUAAUUUAUCAUUAUUCGACUUAGAAAUUGGACUAUGUUCAGUUCCACAAGCUAGUCUAGUUUUAAAUGUUUGUAUGUCUAAUCUAUUAGCUACGCCAAAAGAAAGAAAUCAAAUUGUCGCUGUAUUAAAUAAUAAUAAUAAUAAUAAUGGUAACAAUGUUAGUUGUAAUCUUAAUGUUGGAGCAGAUUCUAGCACAGAUUGUAUUUCUUCUUCAACAAGACGAUCUCGUAAUCUUCUAUCAAAUACAUCUACAUUACCUGUAAUUGAUUAUGAUGUAUGGGAACGUCGAUUAUCUAGUCGUGUUGAUUCAUGGUAUCGUUCAUUUUGGGAAAAAGGCAAAGGUGUUGUUGAAUGGGCUACACGUCGUUUAGGUUUAUCAAAAGGAUUUUUUGAUGCAUGUGGCUAUAAGUUGAAUCCGUUAGCCAGUAAACGCUUUCAUGAAUUAUCAAUAUAUCAGCAAGUUGUAAUAAUCUGUGCACUGUGUGAAUCGACAAUGAGAACAUUUGAAAAUCUUCGUUUAUCUUUAGAUAAAUCAGCUGAUUGGGAAGCAUCAAAUCCAGUUUAUUUAGGUACUGAUUUCUUUUCAAAAUAUACUUAUAUUCAUUUACCUAAUUCAAUUGGAAGUGAUCCAGCAACUUCAUUAAGAAUCUAUCGAAUCUCUUAUAUAAAAUAUCAACCAGUUGAAAUGAAUUAUGAAAAAUCUUUAAAAAUGACAAUGAAUCAUAAUCAUCUUGAUAUGAAUAAUAAAACUGAAAUAUUAAAUGAUUUUCUAAAAUUCCAAAAUGUAACCGACCUAAAUCAUUCGUCUAAUUUGAAACGUUGUCGUAGUUGUACAAAAUCUAAACAACAAAUUCAGUUGUAUGAUGAAUUAAAUAAACAUAAUAAUUUUCUUCUAGAUAAUGGUUUAUCAAUUCCUGGUUCAGUUCAACGUUUACCUAAUUGGAUUCAUCCAUCAUUAGCACGUGAUGUAUAUCGUAGAUGGUAUCGUGUUACUGAACAUGUUGAUUCUAUUCCUAAUUCUAUUGUUAAUUCUUCUGCAAUUGAUUUAACUACUGAUCAAGAGUCUGAAGAAUAUGGGAAAGCAAAAAAGAGGCGCUUAUCAGAAAGAACUGUUAAUAAUACUAAUAAUAAUACUGUUGCAAAUAAAGCAAACACACCAAAUAAUAGGAAACGUAAACCCCCUUCUUGCAAUGAUAGUAAUAAUAAUAAUAAUACUGUUAAAGAGAAUGUACCAUUUGGAGAUUUUCAAGAUAUUGAUAAUCAAAUUAUUUCAGAGUUUAUUAAAAAUGAUCGUUGUUUAAAUCCAUCACCUUAUGCAUCAUUUAAUGGUCCAACACGUCAAUUUUUAUCUUUACAAUUAAGUCGUACUGCCGUUGGUGGCUUACGUUUUUGUUCAAAGUACAGUUCUCGUCGAAAUAAAAGUAUUGUACAUACAAAUGAUGACGAUGAUGAUGAUGGUGAUGAUGAUGACGAUACUGAGUCACAUUCAGCUGAUCAAAACCCAAAUGAUAUUCGUUCACCUUCAGUCAGCCACUAUGAAUCAGAUGAUGAUGUAGAAGAUGGUGAUAAUAUCAGUCGAACUGUUGGAACUACAGACAACGUUGCACAAGUAGAUGAAAAGUUAGUUUCCCGUGAUAAAUGUAUAGAUGAAUCUUUUAUUCCAAGACGUAGAUCAACUAGAUUAAGUGAGUUGUCCAAGAACACAACACCCGUAGAUUGUUCUAUUAACUCCAAUGGAACGUCUUCAUCGUUACCCGAAGAUCAAAAACAUGUAACUUCUGAUGAGAUGGUGAUAGAACAAUCUGAACUUAAAUCUAAUCAAACAUUUUCCGAUAAACAAUUCACUCAUUCUGAUCAAUUAUGUAAGAAAAUUUCAAAUAAAGAUAAUUGUGAUGAGAAUUUAACAAAAGUUGAAGAAAAUCUUUCAACUGAACCAUCUUGUGAAUUAUUCACUUUAAUUGCCAAAGAUUCACAAGAAUUAAAUCAAUUAUUAUUAAUUCUACGACAAAUAUUAUAUACUAAUGAAGAGAAAUUAAACAAGAAACAAUGUAUUGAUGAAUUAGAUUUAAAUUCUGAUUGUGACAAUCCAAUACAAGAAGAUGAUGAUGAUAAUGAUGAUAACAUUAUCAAUAAUCAAUCUGUUGUUAAGAAAAAACAAACAUUCCCGGAACAAAAUGACAAUCUUACAAAUCAGAAAACUGUACGGUUACGUAAUGCAAUUGGGUCAUUAAAAAGUCUUAUUGAAAAUUUAGAACAAUUAUAUAAAUCUGUAUUGAAUCGAGAAAAUGAACGUGUUGAUGCUCAACGAUUAGCUCGAUUACGAUUACGUAAAGAUGUUGAACAAUGGGAAGCGAAUGAAGCUGAAAAACAUAGAAAACAAUUGAAAAUGAAUCAGAAUAACAAAAUUAAUAAUCAGGAAUCUCGUCUAAAUCUUUUAGCAUCACUACGAACUGAUCCAUCAAAAGAUCGUGCUGAACGACAUUCAAGGCGUGAACAACUUCGUGCACAAGAUUUAACUAACGAUGAAGCAUAUGAAAGUGAAUAUGAUAGUGAAACUAAUGAACAGAAUAUAAGCAGACAAUCGAACAAUUCACCCAAAUCAAUCACAGUUACAAUGAGUACUGAUACUAGAUCUAGUAGUGUGAAAAAUAUUAAUCAAAAUAGUUAUCAAGCUUUUGCAUCACGUAUCAGUGCAAGUGGAUCUCCGAAAAUACCUAUAUCACGUUUUAAUAGUCAAGAUUUAAUCCCGAAAAUUCGUCGAUCUUUCAUGUUGGAUCCAAGUAAAAAUGUCUCCAUUUUGCCUAGACCAUCAGGAACACAAGGGAAACCAACUAGUCCUACAAGUUUGAAUAAUAAUAAGAAUAAUACUAGGAGUGAGAUAAAUCAUUCAUUUCCGCAUGUAUCACACUCCACAUUCCGAUCAAACACACAUCGCUCUCCUGCAAUUCUACGUACUGGUUUUCCUAAAACAUCACCAUCGGGUAUAAAUCAUUCAAAUGGGUUAUCUGUUCUUAAUCCAACUACUUCUCCACUAUCGAAUAAGAGGAAGAUAUCCUCAAAUGUCUUAUUAUCACCGAAAUCACCUUCAAUGACGACAACGAAUACUUCGAGUAAUACUACUACUGUUACUCCUCCUCCUACUAUUACUAUUACUAGUACGUCACCAAAUAAGACAUCAACACUUGUCCGAAAAAUUUAUCGUGUAUGUAACACUUUAUUUACUGAAGAUGCAAGACCUGUGAAAAUUGGUCCUAAUGGUUCGUUAGUUCUUAUACCACCAGAUAGUGUACCAUUAAAUCAACGUCAAUUAGCAAGUCAAAUGAUAUCUCGUUAUCAUCAACACGUGAAUGCAAUCUCUGUAAAACCUAAUUCAAUAACUCAUCCUCCAACAAGUUCAUCGCCAUCAUCAUCAUCAUCAUUAUCUGUUAUUUCGAAUUCUUCGUCUCUUAGUAAUACAAUAACCACCACCACCACAACAACAACAACUUCUUCUUCUGCUACAACAAUAGCAGUUAUGACAUCCAAUGUAUCAAAAGAAUCAAAUUUCCCUUCAUCUUUGACUAGUCCUGUUAAAUUAUAA